AUGUCUCAGAACUCUAACAACACCGCUCCUCGUGGCACUGCCCCAAAGGAGACUGACGAGUCUUCCGGCCAGGGCGCUGCCCCUAACAUCGCCAACGGGGCCGACUCUGCCAACGUUGGUCGGCCUCGCAACCAUACCCGCCGCUGCAACCCAAGCGAUCUAAUUAUCGUCGAAGCUACUGACAAGGCCCCUAAGGAAGAGCCAGCCAUGGCUCACCGCCGUGGCCGUCGUUGCAGCCCAAGUGACCGUGCCGUCAUCGACUUCUCUGACGUGAUCCCUGAGGAGGAGCCAGUCAUGGUCUCCCACGAAGAGGCCAUCGUCGACGAUGAGUGGAUCAAGGACUUCCCCAAGGACGAACAAAAGGAAGCCGACAACGAGAGUCAUCACCACCUCAGUUAUGAAGAGAUGGUCGAUCUCGAGUGGCUCGACUAUAAUACCGUGGCUGACCUGUUCAUGCUGUUCCCCCUGGGCUGUGUCGCCGUUGACCAGCUCGGUCGAGUCCAGCCAGGCCCUCAUGCCGACUUGACAAAGCAGCGCCCUACAGGGGCCUUUUCCUAUCUUAACAAGUUCCAAUCACCGUAG